AUGUUUUCAGGCGAGCAUAACACGUCAGGGGCUGCCAGCAGCUCGAAUGAGCAGCAGGUGACAAAUUCCGACAGCUCUCCGCCCCCGAGCCUCCAUGUAUCUCCUCCGGUUACGUCGAAUCCAACCCUUAUCACUCGCAUCAAGCUUCUCUCCACUCGUGUCCCGGACUACUAUGUGACUCCUUUCUGUGGGGCCGCCGCAGGUGUAGCGUCAGGGAUUGUGACGUGUCCGCUGGAUGUUAUCAAGACGAAGUUGCAGGCCCAGGGGGGAUUCGCGCGAAGACGGGCGAACAUGGUCGAGGCGAAGACGUUAUACCGGGGGAUGCUAGGGACGGGGAGAACGAUAUGGAGGGAAGAUGGUAUCCGAGGUCUUUACCAGGGACUGGGGCCAAUGCUUCUAGGUUACCUGCCUACCUGGGCGGUUUAUUUGGCAGUUUAUGACCGAACACGAGAGUACUUUUACGAAACCACCGGUGAUUGGUGGCUAUCACGAGGUUAUGCUUCCAUCACCGCAGGCGCUUGUUCGACUCUUGUUACGAAUCCCAUCUGGGUAAUCAAGACUCGAUUAAUGUCUCAAAGUAUGAAGUCUAGCAGUGAAGGUUUCCGAGCUCCUUGGCAGUACAAAAGCACAUGGGAUGCAGCCCGCAAGAUGUAUCAACACGAAGGAAUCCUUUCGUUUUAUUCCGGACUCACGCCGGCUUUGCUGGGAUUGACACACGUUGCCAUCCAAUUUCCACUCUACGAAUACUUGAAGAUGGCUUUCACCGGCUACAGCAUCGGAGAACAUCCUGAUAACGGCAGUUCUCAUUGGAUUGGAAUAUGCUGUGCGACAUUUCUAAGUAAAAUUUGUGCAAGCACACUGACCUACCCUCACGAGGUUCUACGGACAAGACUUCAAACUCAGCAAAGAACAUACCCUUCGCCAUCUCCGGAGGAGAUUACAUUCCGAGGCGGUCUUGACCAUCCUCAGGACCGCGGAAGGCCCCCAGUUGCAGCGUCAUCAGAUGGUAUGCCCAACCGACCCCGUUAUUCCGGCGUCAUCCGCACCUUCCAAACAAUUCUAAAAGAGGAGGGAUGGCGUGCCUUCUAUUCCGGGAUUGGCACGAAUUUGUUCCGAGCUAUCCCGGCGGCCAUGACUACCAUGCUUACAUAUGAAUAUCUCCGCAUGACCAUCGGGCAUAUUAAGCACGAAGGACAACUGGAAAUCCAGAUAGCGGAGGAAAGAGGUUCCGCCAAGGCCAUAUAG